AGAGUGCCGAAGUCACCGGUGAUACGGAUUUUCGCGACUUUUGGGAUCUACCGGAUUGCCAGCUGAUACUGACAACGCCCGAGAAAUGGAAUUCGAUCACGCGCCGAUGGCGCCAGAAUGUCAAUUUUGUUCGAUUGAUCAAACUGCUGAUGAUCGACGAGGUACACAUUCUGAGCGAUCAGUACCGGGGACCCACUCUGGAGGCAGUGGUUUCUCGGAUGCGCAGCAUUCAUCGGUUUAUCGGAACGCCGGAGGAACCGAUGAGGAUAAUCGCACUCUCGGCAACGAUUCCCAACGUGGUGGACUUGGCCGCUUGGGUGGGAGAAGGGAACACUAAGUGUUACUACAAUAUCGCUGAAUCUCGCCGUCCCAUUAAGAUUGAAAAACACGUGCUGGGUUUCAACUGUGAUACCAGCACCUCAUCCUAUCGAUUCGAUCUGAACCUGAACUAUAAACUUUUCGACAUCAUUCGGAAACAUUCGAGCGGCCGACCGACGCUUGUGUUCUGCAGUACCCGGAAGGCGGUGGAAAUUGCUUCCAACCACUUGUUGCAGUUUCAUACGCUAAAUCUUCCGGCGGAGCAGAGAAACACCCUUUUCGCUGUAGCUGGUCGAAUUUCUAACGAGGAGCUGAAACUGCGCUUGGUGGCAGGCUUUGCCUACCAUCACGCCGGGCUGAACUUGGCCGAUCGAAGCGUGCUGGAGGAAGCCUUUCGAGCGGGUCACAUUCCGGUGCUGUGUUGCACCAGUGCGCUGGCCAUGGGGGUCAAUUUGCCUGCCCAUUUGGUGAUCAUCAAAUCGACGGAGAUGUAUACCGAUUACGGGAUGGAGGAGUAUCCCGAGAGCAGUAUUUUUCAAAUGAUCGGUCGAGCCGGCAGACCCCAGUUUGACACCUUUGGUGUGGCAGUCAUUAUGACCCAACGGGCGAAGGUGCAAAAAUACGAACGUCUCGCCGCAGGAUCCGUCCCGAUCGAGUCGUACCUGCAUCAACAUUUGGCCGAGCACUUGAACUCGGAGAUCGUACUGCAAACCAUCACCGACCUGCGCACCGCGAUGGACUGGAUUCGGUCAACUUUCCUCUACGUCCGUGCCCUCGCCUCCCCAACCCGGUACGGACUUUCGGUGGCCGGCGAUCACAAUCGAUCACAGAUCGAGCAAAAACUGGAAGAACUUUGCCGCACAGAACUGAACGCUUUGGAAGCUUACUCCCUGACGGUGAUCGGUAAAGAUCGAGGUGCCAAUCCUGACGAGCCACUAACAAUUAGUUCCACUGUCUACGGACGUCUAAUGGCACAGUACUGUCUCAGCUUCCGGACCGUGAAAUUACUCCGAAAGAUCAAAGGCACCGAACCCCUGCUGGAAGUGUUCACCAUCCUAACGCAUUGUGACGAGUUUACGGCCUUCAAGUGUCGCAACAGUGACAAACGUGCCCUAAACGAGUUGAAUCGUUCGACAGCGAAGGCAACAAUCCGUUUCCCGCUACGAGGUCGCAUCCAAACAACAACAACCAUGGUGUCCUGUCUGCUCCAGGCAGUGCUGGGAAAUUUACCGAUUGGGCAGCACUCGCUGCAACAGGAAGCAGCCCGAAUGAUCACGCUCGGCCGUCGGUUGAUCAAAUGUAUCGCUGAGUUCAUCUACGUCGGUCGAGAGACCGAGGAAGCUAGCGUCUAUCAGGCUCUACUGAAUACCCUAAUCUUAGCCCAAUGCUUAGAAACGAAACUGUGGGAAGAUAGCCCGUUUAUUACCAAGCAACUCAAGGGAAUCGGACCGGUUUAUGCUGGUCAGUUGGCCGCUAGAGGAAAAACUAGCUUUCAGGAGAUCCUCAACACAGAUCCAAGGGAGCUGGAAGUGAUUCUCAAGAAGAAUCCCCCGUUUGGUAAUGAAAUGAUCGAUUUCAUUCGCAAACUGCCUCGUUUUUCCAUCGAGCUUUCGAUGAAGGAAGACUACAUGAUGGAAUUCGUGGUGACUCAAACCAAUGCAGAUUACGACAAGCAGCUGACGGUGAGAGUGACCCUGCUUGUUGGGGAUACCGCUAACACUGUAUUAUUCUUCAAAGAUAAUUGUGACGCCAGUUUCGGAGGUAAUUGCCGCUACGCGGCAUCGUUCAAGCUGACCGAUGCCACCGUAGCAAGCGCAACUGGCCACGUAAUCUGCGUCAACUGGACCGGUCUUGAUUGCUCCCAGACCGUAUCGAUCAACGGAGACGCAAAUGUCGAAUUACAGAAGCGACGAUCUCGGAAAGCAAACAAUCACUCGUCUAUGUUGAUAACCGAGUUCUAUCAGAAGGAAACGCGUACCGAAGUGAACGAACCCCCCGUAGAAGUCCACAGUAGUCCCGAAACCCGUCCGCUGGAUGCGUUCCGCUUUAACCGAAAGCAGAAGCUAACGUUAAACUCGGAAACUAUUAAACCCCACGAGGAACCCACAAUUAGCCUCCUCAAUUCCCCAGAACCAGUGGAAAAACGACCGAAGCAGGAUUUCCUUACUCACGACGCAAUUUUCCAUCAACCAACGAAGGCCUUUCGUACCCAGCUAGCGAUGCCCGAGUCUCCCAUACCACACUACCGAGGUAUGACCCGCCAGGAAUACUUCAUCGAUAUGCACCGCAAAAACCCGUACCUUCUGUUCGGUCACCCUAAUCAACAUCCUUUGCGACUUUCGAAUCCCGAGGGAGGGGUUGGUUCUGGUCGACGACGAGUUUGUAUUUUUGGUGUGUUUACCGAAAUUCCAGACCGAAGGCAGGCAUGUUUCGAGACGAACGACAGACGGGACAGGCUUGGGAGAAGAAGUUGCACUGCUUCCGCUGGUGAAAGACGACCUCUGCGGCAGUUGGAUUUGGGAAUCGCCGAUUUCUUGGCCUCUCCACCCAGAAUGCAAAAAGAGGAUUUCUUCAAGUAAGUACAAUAAACCAUAUUGUACCUUAACCCCCUCAAAACA